UGUAGGAAGUUGCUGACGUGUUUUGGAUUUAAAAGGGAAGUAUUUCGUUCACUUAAGUAGCUACAUAUUAACGAAACCCCAAAAAGCGUUUUAAAAUAUUAAAAUAUGGGUGUUUUAUUAAGGUGUUAGAAUUUUCCCUCGAUUGUGCGCCGGACCAGGAGAUGUGGAUUGUUAUCUAAAUGUAGACUUUAAGCCAAUGCACCUUAAUCACAAGGCAGAUGCCUGUUCUUCCUUGGGACCACAUCCUAGUCACGAGUUGCACAGAACAAAGACGAGUAACAAAAAGUCAGGUGAGAGCGGCUACUGGCCUUGAACAUCUGCCGCUAGACUUAGACCUUCUGGGCUGUUGUUUGCCGGGUGCAAUUUAAUUAUCAUCGAUCAAACAUGAUAUCGAUUGAAGAGGCAAGAUCCCGUUUGGACUUAGCAGGACAAUCCCACAUUCUCCAGUUUUGGGACGAACUUGGUGCGGAGGAGAGAAAUCGAUUUUUAGCCGAUUUGUCCCAUCUGGACCCGGAGGAGUUGCGUGAUCACUGCCGAGGCGCGGCGGAGGCGGCAAGCCGCGGUUCGAGCCCGCAGGACCGGCUCGAUGAGCUGAUGGAGCCGGUUCCCGUGGAAUUCAUUGGCGGUGUUUGUCGAAGCGACAAGAAAACUCUAGACGACUGGGAGAAUGAAGGAUUCCUACAGAUUUCCUUGAACCGAGUGGCAGUCUUGCUUCUUGCUGGUGGACAGGGAACUCGCCUCGGUGUACCUUAUCCGAAGGGGAUGUAUAACGUGGGUCUGCCCAGCGGCAAAACUCUCUACCAGAUCCAGGCAGAGCGCAUAAGGAAGGUUCAGGAGUUGGCUUUUGCCAGGCAUGAUUCAAUGUGCAAAGUUCCAUGGUACAUCAUGACCAGUGAAUUUACCCUGGAACCCACUGAAAGGUUCUUCAAAGAGAACAACUACUUCAAUCUGGACCCAUCUGACGUGGUCAUGUUUGAACAGAGGAUGAUCCCAGCUGUGACAUUUGAUGGAAAGGUCAUCUUGGAGGGCAAGGGCAAGAUAGCUAUGGCCCCAGAUGGAAAUGGGGGACUGUACAGGGCCCUUGUGGACAAUGGAAUCCUGGAGGACAUGGAGAAGCGAGGAGUGCAGUACCUCCAUGUCUAUUGUGUGGAUAACAUCUUGGUCAAGAUGGCUGACCCUGUCUUCAUUGGGUUCUGUGUGAAAAAAGGGGCAGACUGUGGUGCCAAGGUGGUGGAGAAGGCGUAUCCAGCAGAACCAGUGGGUGUGGUGUGCCGGGUGGAUGGGGUCUAUCAGGUGGUGGAGUACAGUGAGGUGCUUCCCGAAACCACCGAACUGCGUGGCCCAGGAGGAAGCCUGCUGUACAGCGCUGGGAACAUCUGCAACCACUUCUUCACCCUGGAAUUCCUCAUGGACAUCGCACAGAAUUUCGAGGGAAAACUGAAGCAGCACGUGGCCUUAAAGAAGGUCCCUUUUGUGGACGCCAAGGGCACCACAGUGAAACCAGACAAGCCGAAUGGGAUUAAGAUGGAGAAGUUUGUCUUUGACGUCUUCCAGUUUUCCAGGAACUUCGUGGUGUUCGAGGUGCUGAGGGAGGAGGAGUUCUCCCCACUGAAGAAUGCAGAUGGGGCUCCCGUGGACACACCGACCACUGCAAGGCGCUCCCUCCUGAAUCAGCAUUACCGCUGGGUGCUGGCUGCAGAGGGAAGCUUUGUGGACCCCCAGAGGAAAUCCAGGUCCCUCCCAAAAUCAGGGACGGAACUCGAUGAGGACUCGCAGCCCACCUGUGAGAUUUCCCCGCUGAUCUCCUACUUUGGGGAGGGCUUGGAGAAGCUGCUGAAAGGAAGGACCUUGGAAUCUCCCUUUGUCCUGGAUGAAUCACUUGCAGAAGAAAUCUUGCAGGCCUCUUAGUUCCUUCCCUUAAGGAAAAGAGAAUGGUUCUUUCUUCUGGAGCAGAGAUGGAAAGACAGUGCCUCAUUUCUUUAUGAAUAUUUGUUCUGUUUGUUUUGUGCAAUACAGAAUUCUUUCAGGGGUAGUUGUUCCAUUUAGUUAAUUCAUACUGCACAAUCCUUUCAGUCGACACGAUAACGUAGGUAAAGACUAAUCUUAAAAGUUAUUGUCCCAGACAUACAUUUGUCUCACCACAUUCAUGUUUGUAAUUAAUUGUAUUUUUGUAUUGCUAGGAUUUUUUUAAACGGUAUCAAGGAAAUAAAUCUUUUUUUUGUAACCUCAGUCAAAUUUAAGAUUAAAUAUUGAGGUAAUUAAACACGUA